GUGACGUGUAAUGUGCCGUGUCGUGUGAAACAUCGUCCGAAACAGAAAUCGUGAAUGAGAUCGUGAAUGAGAGAAAUAUCGUGAAUCGUGAAUAAAUCAGUGGCUUCCGGUACUCAUCGCUUCCGACGAACAUCCAUUUCGUCUAUUUUUCCCUUUUAUCGUUUAUACGUUUUAUCGCAAUUGACGUCACUUGACAUUCACGUUCGAUAUCGCGCAGAAUUCCAACGAAAAGCUAACUCUACCCUCUAUCUUGUAUACUUGCAUCAGUGACAAUUCCGCUACGGAGAUCACGUCAUUACUCAUUUCGGAAACAAACGUUGCAGUAGUGUAUCACGGUAAUCUUCACCAUUCGUCACGAUACGUUAUUCAAUUUUCCAGUAAUUAGGAAAAUGAAGUACUUCCUGUUAUUUCUUUUAAUAACUGUGACAGUUCACUGGUCAGUUGCCCUGCCUGUUAAUCAAAAAAGCAAGGAUCAUGAUAACAAAAAUGAAGUUGAAGAGGUGGAAGAAAUGGUAGACUUGGAAUAUCGUAGAUACCUGAUGGAAGUAGUUCAAGUGUUAGAGAGUGAUCCUGAUUUCCAAGCAAAGUUGGAAAAAGCAACUGAAGCAGAUAUACGUACAGGGAAGAUAGCCGAUCAACUAGAAUUUGUCAGUCAUAAUGUUAGAUCAAAAUUGGAUGAGAUUAAGAGGGAAGAACUAGAGAGAUUAAGACAUCUCGCAACAAAAGAAAAUGAAUUAAAAAAUGGUUUAGAUGUUGACCAUUUAAAAAUAACGGAACAUUUAGAUCAUACUAAUACACGUACAUUUGAAAUCCAGGACCUAAAGAAAUUAAUUGCUAAGACAUCGAUGGCAAUGGAGCAUGGGAUCAAGUUGAAGUCAAAACUUUAUUUUUGAAAGAAUUGGACAAACUUUAUGCUCAAGGAACGCCUCAAGAUGAUUUGUUGAAGCGAGCCGAGGAAAUGGAAAGAAUGCGGGAACACGUAUUCAACGAGGCUGAUCUUAAUAAAGAUGGUCUUAUUAGUUUAAAAGAAUUUUUGGAACAAACAAAGAAACCAAGUUUCCAACAAGAUGAAGGAUGGCAAGAUUUGGAUGAUCAACAAAUUUAUACUCAGGAAGAGUAUGAAGCUUUUGCAAAACACAAACAAGACGAGAUACAGAAUCUGAUUGCCAAAGGAAUAUUUCCGUCACAACAUGAACAAGGAUCAAUUGCUCCCGGAUUAGUUCCACCUCAAGUAGAUCCAAAUCAAAAUAUUUUACAUCAACAAUUUCAAGAUCAGAUUCAUCCGCAGUAUCAACAGCAGCCACAAAUUGUAAUUCCUCAGCAACAAAUUCAUGGUCAAAUUUCUCAACAGCAUCAACAAUUCCAGGGACAGAUACCAUCGAAUCAGCAAUAUCAGCAGAUGAAGAUAUCUCAAAAUCAAAUUCCUGUUCAGCAGAUGCAGGCUCAACAAGGACAGAUUUCAGUUCAACAAAAUCAGCCUUUAGUUCAACAACAAGGACAAAUUCCAAUUCAACAAGGUCAACCUCAAGCCGCAAAUUUCCAGCAACAGCAAAACGUAGUGAAUCAAGUGCCACAAAAUGUUCAGACGAACGCUGUGCCCCAACAAAGCAGCCCAAAUCUACUAAAUUCGCAACCCGCGCAAAUACUCGCACAACAAGAGAUUAACAGGAACAAAAUAUCAACCAACGAGAAAGUAUAAUUUUGCCUUUAAUUUGACGAGAAGAUGGAAGAUUUGAUUCAACAAGAAUAUGUCUUCGAUU